UAAUGUUAUUCCGACUGCGUGAUUGCAUUUUGACGAGUUUUCUUGAUCGUCUACAAUACAGAAUGUUAUGUGGAAUGUAACGAAAGCCUCAUUUUGAUCUCAACAAAUCUAAAGUUUUCAGUUCGAACAAAUAAAUGGAAGGUCGGGCGGAACAAUUAGAUCCCGGUGCGGAAGCGAUAGCGAGUGCAAACAACAUCUUUUCACAAGGAAAGACUUUUAACGAUCCUAUUCAUGGGCAAGUGGAGUUACAUCCUGUGUGUAUCCGUAUUAUAGACACGCCUCAGUUCCAGCGAUUAAGACACAUCAAACAACUCGACACCUGUUACCUGGUGUACCCAGGUGCCAGUCAUAACAGGUUCGAGCAUUCUAUAGGAGUAUGCUACCUAGCAGGAAAAUUAUUAAAAACAAUCCGAGAUAGACAACCGGGCGAGGAAAUAUCAGACAAAGACAUUCUGUGUGUCGAGAUAGCUGGACUCUGCCACGAUUUAGGUCAAGGACCCUUUUCUCAUGUUUUUGAAAAGAGAUUCAUGCCGAAAAUGGAAAAGAAGUUUACGCACGAAAGUAUUGCUCGAAAGAUGUUUGAGUACAUGCUUAGUAGCGAAGACGGACAGUUGAAAAAUGAUAUACAAGAAAUACUUACAGGAUGCGGGCUUUCUCGUUUCGAAGAACAAGACUUCACCUUUAUCUGUGAAAUGAUUGAUGAUCCGGAAAACAUUGAAAAAGAGGUAUGGCCAUACAAAGGUAGAAAUAAAGACAAAAGUUACAUGUAUGAGAUAGUAGCAAAUAAGAGAAACGGUAUCGACGUUGACAAAUGGGACUAUCUUGCACGUGAUAGUUACAUGCUGAGAAUGAAAGUCAAUGUCGAUUACAACAGGUGUUUUACAAAUGCAAGAGUUAUCAAAUGCAACGGGAUAAAUGGCAGGCAAGAUUCCCCAAAUACCGCCUCAGAUACCGCAAAAAGAAAUUUAUCAUAA